AUGGCGCCAAUAUCACAUCUUAUCCAAGGACAGCAUCUUGGAAGAGAGGUACCAACUGCUGCACAUGGAACGGGAUCAGGUGUGACAAUGCAACAGAUGAGGUCCCUGGAAGAGCUGUCUUUCGCAGAUAACAAGCUUGGUGGUACAAUUCCACCUUGUUUGGGGAACCUGAGCAAAAUCUCAUACUUGAGCAUAAGUUUUAACCGGAUGCAAGGUUCAUUGCCAAGAUCCCUAGCUAACUGUACCAGGUUGAAAUUUCUUAGCCUUUUCUCGAAUGGCAUAACCGAUUCUUUCCCAAACUGGCUAAGAACGGUCCCGCUACGGACUCUGCAACUGGGUGAUAACAACUUCCAUGGCCUCAUUGGACCUGACGCUGUUGCACUUGACCCCUCAUCUCGAUGUCCUGAUCAUAGAGACAAAUUAUUUCACCGGCAGCUUGCCAGCCAAUUGGCUCGAAGCUCUCCCAAACCUUUACAUUCUUGCUUUAAGCUCGAACAAGUUACAUGGUCUAGUAAAAACUGGCGGGUCAGCUCAACCCUUUCCCAUGCUGCACAUAUUGACCUCUCCGACAACAAUUUCCGUGGUGCUUUUCCAACUCAGUAUAUUACUAAUUUCAAGGGGAUGAUUGGCGGAGAACAGGAAGCAGGGCAACCUGUUUAUCUGUCAAAUGACGAGCAAGUAUUUUAUGCUACUAGUGUGAUGUGGAAAGGGGUCAUGUUAGAACUGCAGAAAAUCCGGAAAGCACUCGCAGUCAUUGAUUUAUCACGUAACCAUUUUAAAGGAAAAAUACCUGGUGUGAUUGGAGAUCUAAAAUUACUCAUAGGCCUCAAUUUCUCUCAGAACAACCUCACGGGUGCUAUCCCGAUACAUCAUGCUUCAUUUCCGGAGACCACUAUGGCUUAUGAGGAUGAUGGAGAGAAGAAUAUACAAGCUAAAUGGUACAAGGACUCGGCGCCAUCAAUGAAAAUGAGGCAGAGCAACAAAUGGUCAGUGAAUUGCAAUAAGUGGGACGAAUAUAAGAGCCUCCAGAUCCUGACCACGUCCCCAGUUCAGAACAACCUCACAGGCGCCAUCCCAUAUUCAUUUGGGAAUCUGACUAAUCUUGAAUGGAUAGACCUCUCGCUGAAUAAUCUCUCUGGAGAGAUCCCUGGCUCCUUAGCUGAUCUAACAUCACUGGCAUACUUAAAUCUCUCCGUGAACCGGCUCAUGGGACCCAUUCCUAAGGGCAAACAGUUCAACACAUUCAAGGGCGACUCCUUUGGGGGAAAUCCCGGGUUGUGCGGAUUUCCAUUGCCAAGAGAAUGCAGAGAGGAUGCAAACAAACCGGCACCGUCAACUCGUGCAGAAGAAGAAAAGAUACGGAGAAGGGAAGUUGGAUCGAAUGGCAGGCAGUACCAAUGGGUUAUGGAUGCGGGACUGCAUUCAGACUUUCAGCAUAUAUCAUGCUUCAUUUCCGCAACCCCUCUAUGGCUCAUGAGAUGA